CUAGAGGUUAUUGCAAACAGUGCACAAACUUAAAAAAUGAGGGACUAUGAUGACAUCACUGCUUUUCUGGGAACAUGGGGUCCAUUCCAGCUGACUGUUUUCUUAGCAUUAGCUAUAAGUAUCCUUCCAAAUGGUUUUGUGGGCAUCUACAUCGUUUUUGUGGGUGAUGUGCCAUCUCACGAGUGUCUGAUUCCUGAGGAGUACAACAUUAGUGAGCUGUGGAGAGAAGCUGCAAUCCCGAUGGUGAUGCAAGACGGUGUUUUAAAACGCAGUUCCUGCUCCAGAUACAAAAUGGAAACAGUGAGAAAUUUUUCUGUGCUUAAUUACACCCCAAAUGUGGACGUCAAUGUCAGCGAGAUAGAGGUCGAGUCCUGUGUGGACGGCUGGAACUACAGUAAAGAGAUUUACGACUCUACAAUAGUGACAGAGUGGGACCUGAUAUGUGAGAAUGAGUAUAAAGGGCCACUGACCUCAUCGAUAUAUUUCUUCGGCGUGUUGGUGGGGACCUUCCUUUCAGGACAGAUGUCGGACAGGUAUGGCAGAAGGCCUGUACUUUUUUCCAUGAUGGCUAUGCAGACAGUAACUAUCCUUAUCCAGAUGUUUUCUCCAAGCUGGGAAAUCUUCACUGCCAUCUUCUUCUUUGUGGGAUUUAGUGGUUUUUCUAAUUAUGUUGUAGCAUAUGUCCUAGGCAGUGAAAUUCUCAGUCCAGCGAGUCGGGUGGUGUUUGGUUCUCUGGGUAUCUUCAUGGGGUCUGGAAUCGGUCAGAUGUUCCUUCCAUUAGCAGCUUAUUUCAUCCGUAGCUGGCGAUGGCUUGUGCUUACGAACGCUCUCACUGGGCUCCUGUAUGUGCCAUUGUGGUGGUUUAUUCCAGAGUCUCCUAGAUGGCUGCUCUCUCAGGGAAGAAUAGCAGAGGCUGAAGACAUACUGAGACACGCAGCUAAAAAGAAUAAGGUCACCGCACCCGAAGUCAUCUUCACUUCCUCUGAGAUUGAGGAAUCAGCAAAGAUGAGGGAGAAAAAACAUAAUAUUCUGGACAUUUUAAGGAACUGUAAUGCUGUUUUAACCAUCAUAAUUUGUUCACUUCUAUGGAUGGUCAUCACCAUGUCUUACUAUGCUCUCAUUCUAAACACUACAAACCUUCAUGGCAACCCGUACCUGAAUUUUUUCCUGUCUGCAGUGGUGGAGGUACCAGCUUUCAUUAUAGCCACGUUGUUGCUCAAAUACUGCAGUAGGAGAUUCUGUCAGUCUUCCACUCUUCUCAUGGGCGGAGCGAUGAUUUUCAUCAUACAGCUCAUUCCCAAAGACAUGAUGGAGUUGGCAACCUCACUGGAGAUGCUGGGGAAACUUGGUGUCACCGCUGCAUUCUGUGUCGUUUAUGCAGUGACUUCAGAACUCUUUCCUACUGUGGUGAGAAACAUGGCCAUGGGAACGUGCUCCAUGACCGCUCGCAUAGGCAGCAUCGUUUCUCCCUUCAUCAUAUACUUGGGUAACUAUUACAGAUACAUUCCUUAUAUUGUCAUUGGAAGCCUGGCUGUGUUUUCUGGCUUAAUUACGUUACUGUUGCCAGAAACUAAAGGAAAAGUUCUCCCUGACACCAUUGCUCAGAUGCAGCGAAUAAAAGUACUGAGAAGCUCUAAAAAACAGGAUGCAAUGAUGUGGACAGCAGACAAAAGUAAAGUCUUCAAAGAAGUGAAACUGUAACAGAUGGACAGUGAAAUCAAAUAUUGUUGUCUUGUUAAUCAAAUGAAUGAUCCUAACCCUAAAUGAAUUACGCUGUUGAGAUGACAUAAAUUUGGCUUGGUGUUCUGCCUUCUAUAGACAGAUCAUGUGUGUGAGACAAAUCCACCCUCACGAGGAGUUUUACUGCCUUCGAUCUGUUAUAAUGUCUGCCAUAAUGGCAUCUCAAGCUACAUGGCAAAGACAUGACCAGGCCAGCUUGUGCCUCCCAGCCAUAUCUGACCAAAGAGAUCUUUUAGAUCAUUUCCAUGUGUUUUACUGUGUUUAUCAUGAACAAAAAUGCAUUUUAUUAACAUAAAUAGGUCUGUAAAUAACUGCUGAAAAGGGAAAAGCGCAUGAGGCGACGUGUGAUUCUCAGAGUGAGCUCCACAUUAACCGUUACUCUUCAGUCCUCUCUUAUCCAAUAUAAAUUGUGACCUUGCAGGUAACUUUUUUGCUUUACUUUGCUGCCUCUUUCUCUUCAGUUGCUCUAUCUGUACCAUAGAAAUAGGAAAGUGAUCUGCCUAUGGAAAAUAUCUUAACCUGCUAGAAGUGCUGUACAUGACAAGUUAAUCAUCCUUCAAACCUACAUGUAUGUAUUUAUAAUACGUGAAUAUGCUUUACUUCUCUGUGAGUGGUUUGCUUUUUUUAUAAGGGCUUUUACGUUUUAUCACAAUUUAGUUUUUGUAAGGUACAAAUGGUUGCACAACAUGUUUUGUUUCAAAAUGAACAAAGUACCUUUAUUGAUUGAGUAAAAAAAUGACCCUACUGUCACAUCUGCAAAGAUUUUGUUAGUGAUUUAUGUUCUGAGUUUGUCUUUUAUCAUGUCUUGUCUAUUAUUAUAGCCUAUUUCCCAUCCUUUAAUUUUUUUAAUAUGUUUCUUGUUCACUCAUUAGUGCAUAUGCAUUUCUAGCCAUCAUGCUUCAGUGUAAGACGCUGUCAGUGAGUUUCUUCUCUUAUUGUUUCUGUCAAAGUCAGGUCAUUGUUUGCUUCUGUUUGUAUUGUAUUUGUUUUUCACUUUGUUUUGAAAUAAACUGUAUUUGGGUUCAGUCUCUA